AUGCCUAGAAAUACUGACAGCGAGGAGGAGGAGGAGGAAGAGAAAGAAGACAAAGGAACAUUGAUGUCGUGGGAUGUCUCUCUACCGGACGAACUCCUGCAGAAGGUGCUGUCCCUUUUGCCCAUCGCAAACAUCAUCAAAUUGGGCAUGGUGUGCAAACGGUGGUACGAGGUGGUUCACUCCAGCCCCCCGUUGUCGUGGGCGAUAAUGGCGCCACAGAAGCCCUUGUUCUUCAGGUUCUGCUUUCACGACUGCGCCUUCUUGGGCCACUUGUACGACCCUUGCUUCGUCCAGUGGUAUAACUUCGACUUCCCCCGCUUAGAAAAGAGCAUCUGGCGCACGUCCUCCUCCGGUGGCUUGGUUUGCUUGAUGAACACCAAUGACGGAGAUCGCUUAUUGGUCGGCAAUCCCAUCAAGAGAGACUGGAAGCUGCUUCCUCGAGUCCCCGGCGGCUCCUCCCCCCAGUUCAACGCGCUCGCCUUGUCGUUCGACCGCCUCACGCGCGACUACACCGUGGUCGUCGCCAAGUGCACCGAGUUGCCAGCUGGGACGCCCUGGAAAUGGCACUUAUCCGUCCACAUCUACGAAUCAACGACGAAAUCAUGGGCCACGCUCUUGGCCCAAGACAUCGAAUUUUGGAUGGGCAGUAACGAGGCUAUCAUAUGCAACGGCGUGCUCUACUACGUCAUCGGCCCGGUGCAACGCCCCUACUUAUUGGCGUUCGAUCUCGCCAAGCCGCCCUCUGCCAUUGAGUCUCUAAUUCAAGAAGCGAUUCCUGCGCCAUUCAGUCUUGCCUGUGCUGGAUUGAUCAACCUGUCGAACAAAUUGGUCAUGGUUGGAAGGAUAGAUUGGCCGCGCAAGGGAGUGGUGAUUUUGGAACUCGAGGAUAAGGCAUGGCGGGAGGUGGCUUAUACGCCGAUCCCCUCCUACAUGAUAUUUGACAGCAAAAAUUUCAUCAGUUGUGGCGCCAGGGACUUCCUCUUCAUGCACUCCAGAGGGUGGCCGACGCUACUGACCUUCGACAUGAGGCAGAAGAUGUGGAAAUGGUCAUGCCAGCUGUGUCCGUGCCCGCGCCUCUACACUGAGCCAUUGCAGUUCAGGUCCCUAUAUUACUGCGGCUUCUGCUUCGAGCCGAGGCUCGACGUCUCCUCUUGA